CCCUCCGCAGGACACGCCUCUCGGCUGAAUGGAGUGCGUCGCGCGUAAAGUCCGACCUGUAGCACAUACAAACUUUUCUGUUUCUCGGGAGUUUUUGUCUUUUUUAAAAUAAGUAUCCAUUUGGCGCAACCGAUCGGUCUUUAGACGACUAAAUGCAGCGAUGACUCGAGAGGAAGAUCUCAUCCGGAUUGCAAAAAAACUGGACAAGAUGGUGUCUAGAAAUAACACGGAGGGCGCCAUUGACCUGCUGAAGGAGCUGAAAGGCGUCAAUAUGACUCUCAAACUUCUACAGGAAACGAGAAUUGGAAUGUCUGUUAAUGGUAUCAGGAAGCACUGCACAGAUGAAGAAGUGAUUGCUUUGGCAAAAGUUCUCAUUAAAGACUGGAAAAGACUUCUGGGUACACACACUGAUUUACAUGCAUACUACAGUGUUUUCACAGCGUGCUUCUCUUUUUUCUCUCUUAGUCACGGCGAGCAGGAAGUCAAACUAAAACAAGACUCCGAUCAUGACAAAAAACACGCUAAUACAAUCAGGAAAGACAAACACAAUGAUGGCCAUGAAAUCAAAAAGAGACAUGCUGACGACCUCGUGGAAGAAAAGCACCUGGAGGACCUUGGAAAUGCAAAACAUCUGCAGGAAAUCAGGAAAGAGAAACAAGCACCCCCAGAAAAUCCCAAAGUGGAGGUCGAUAACAAGAAGCCGAAGCCUGCGCAAGACCCACGGGGUGAGAAGCACGAGCCGAGAAGAGGGAGACCAUUAGAGGAACCAAAAAAGACGAGGCACGUGGAAGAGCUCAAAAAAGAGAAAAACCCCACGGAGCUCAAGAAGUGCAGCUCUGCAGAUGAGAUGAGGAAGGACAAACAGAGAGAAGAAAACAACCACGAGAGGCUCACCAGCACACCUCAGAGGGAGAGACCUCUGAGCGAGCCUCAGAGAGAGAGACCCACUGACCCCCACAAGCCCUUGUUUGAAAGGAGAGGUGUGCUGGACAGCAGUGUGCUCUAUCCCACCCGUUUCCCCUCUCCUCCUCGACCCGCUCGACCUCCUCCCAUCAAACGCCCCGCCAUGGAUUUUCUGAAAGACAGGAAGGAUGGCAAAGACUCUUCCUCCCGACCUCCUCGCCCUCACGCUCCCCGACCUCCUUCUCCACCGACUAAACGACCUCCCGUGGAAGUAAAGAAGGAGAGGAAAGUUCCAUUGGAUCCAAACGCUCCGAUUCCUCCUCUUCCUCUUCACCUACAUCCUCCUCCCUUAAGAAAAGAGCCUCCUGACCCCAACGCUCCUCUUCCUCCGCUUCCUCUUCACCUUCACCCUCCUCCUCCUACGAAGCGGCCCUCUCUAGAUGGAAUGAAGGAGAGAGACAGCAGGAAGGAGUCAGACUCUAAGCUGCUUCCUCCACAGAAAAAGACGUCAGAUCAUGUGAAGAAAGACAGGAAAGACUCAGUGGAUACCAAAAUGUCUAGAAAACAUUCAGAUGAAACCAAAAGAGAAAGGAAAGAUUCAUCAGACUCUAAAUCCCCCCCUCCCAAAAAGCCCACCCCGGAGGCCAAAAAAGACAAACACAGGUGUGCAGGAGCAGGAAAUAAAAAGAGUAAAUCCGAGGCUCCCAAAACUCCCACUACCCCGACCAGCCCCAUGUCACCCAGCUUUAGUUCUCCUGGGGGUCCACUGUCCCCUCACCUGACCACUGGAGACUCCAUCAGAGACAAGUGCAUUGAGAUGCUGGCAGCUGCCCUGCGCACAGAUAAUGAUUACAAGGAAUUUGGAGCUAACUGUGAGAGCAUGGCAGCAGAGAUUGAAGAUCAUAUCUACCAGGAGAUAAAAGCCACUGAUAUGAAGUAUAAGAACCGAGUGAGGAGCCGCAUCAGCAACUUGAAGGACCCGAAGAACCCAGGCCUUCGCAAAAAUGUGCUCGCAGGAAGCAUCGAGUUACGCCGCAUCGCCACCAUGUCUGCUGAGGAAAUGGCCAGCGACGAGCUGAAACAGCUGAGGAACGUGCUCACCCAGGAGGCCAUCAGGGAACACCAGAUGGCUAAAACCGGUGGCACCACCACCGACCUGCUGCAGUGCGGCAAGUGCAAGAAGAAAAACUGCACCUAUAACCAGGUGCAGACACGCAGUGCUGAUGAGCCAAUGACCACAUUUGUUCUGUGCAAUGAGUGUGGCAACCGCUGGAAGUUCUGCUGAUGCCAUCAAAGGUCACCCCACAUUUGUUUUCUGAGCAAACUGAGAAGCUUAUUUUCUAUAAUGGGAUGGGAAUGGAGUUUAUAAACUGUUGCAGCUAGUGAUUUAAAGUGAUGACGUUGUUCUUAAGAUUUCCAUUUUAUCUUUUUUUUU